AUGCACGCAGAUGCUGGCCCCAAUACAGAAAAGGAGCGUAGAAUCUGCAAAAAGGCAUGUAAAAACAACAAAAGCAACAAAUAUGUGCUAGAACAAGUGACAGCCGACUCCUUAGAAAGGGCUAACGAAAAAGUACGCAAUCACUUGAAAACCCACUUGAUUAAAGACCGGCCUGUGCUAACCAUAAAAGGCAGCACACCAGAAGACAAACAAAAUAAAAGCGAAAAAAAGCUGCGGGAUCUGGCCAACGCAAUGGCCAUAGCGCUUAGGAUGCAUGCAUGCAGCCGCGAAGAGAUGCAGCCUUAUAUUUUGGAUGUGCGCAAGUCCCUAAACUCCGUAGAACGCGAUGUGCGCCUAGAUUUUGUCCGAAAUAACCUCGCGGACAUAUGGAGGUACGCCCUUGUGGAAAAUGGAUGCAAGGAGGUAGUGCGUAUUGACAGCUCCAAAAGUUUGUCGCUUGCUGUGCACAACGUAAUGCAGCAACAUUAUAUGCGCAUGUACAGAAUUCUUAUGGAUGCAUGGGAAGUUACAGACCUAGAAAUGUUCAUUGCUGUUCUUCAGGCUGCCAUGACAGGAGUUGUUCCCAUAAUGGUCAUUUCUUGCUCUUCGAAUGCUUCGGAGGAAACAGAUUCGCUGCGAUCGCGCGUCGCCAAGUGCUUUGACAUGAUGAAAUGCACUUUUUGCAACAUAUAUAUGCUGCUUAUUGGCAAGAGCCCGUCUUACUCCAUAAACAGAAAUGAGGUAUACUAUGGAGAUAUUUCAAGAUGCUACGACAGCUACAACCCAUAUGAAGUUAUAUAUGGCUGCGAAUUCAACAAUUUGGGCAGCCUAAUCGAGGUUUGCAGACAGCAAAACAUAUAUCCAUUCUACAUGAAAGAAAAAGAAGAAGUGAAGGUGGAAACAAAAGCAGAAAUAGAACCAGAAGCAGGAGAAGAAAAAGAAGAAAACAUUAUAGACAGGCUUUUAUACUAUCUUGACAUGCUAAAGGUUUUUGAUGAUCACAACCUCUUGGAAUACCGUCACAUCUGUAACGGAAAUUAUGUCAAAAGGAAGUAUAAAAAGAGUCGUAAGUUUAGACCUUAUGGGUUGUUUUUUAGGAAAACGUAUCUUAAUCUUUUCACCUUACGAAUGAGCAAUAUGUUUUCGUGGAUAAAAGGACUUGAGUGUGCAACGACUCAUUCUUCCGGCAAUCAGCCAAAGGGUGCAGAACCAUGGGAAUGCAUUGACUCUAGGAUACUAAAAGCCAAUGAAAAACACAUAAAGUGCAAGCCGGCGAUGUAUAUGCAUCAAAAAGUUAUGAACGCUGCUCAAGCUAUAACUUCCUUUGGAGCCGACCUAUAUCGUAGAGGAGCGUCUAGGUUCCAAAGUUGCUUUGCCAUUGAAGAGCCGGAAACCAUGGACAGUAAGGAUUUGAUCUACCACAAACAAAUGAAUGACGUGUUCAAAUCAUACCCAAUUCACAUCAAGCCACCCCUCUUCAAAAUCGAAGACACGAUAUGUGAGCUAGAAGAGAACACGCUGAAUUCCGAAACUUCGCUUAAGUUGUAUCUAAAGAUGGCAAAAAUACUAAGACAUCACUUCUGCUUGAUUGAUAUAUUGAAAAAUGGAUCCAAUCAAGAUCUGUCCAAGGUGGUCCGCAUUGCUACCUGUAUGAAAAAGGUGUUUAAGCGAGUUCUGAAAAACAAUUUAUAUCUAUACGUAAUUUCCGACGCCAAGAAAGACCCUGUGCUAGCCCAGGAAAAAUACAACCAGAAUGAAACAAGGUUGUUGUCGAGAAGCGACUUAUAUUCCUUUAUUCGGGAUUUGAUUUUUCUGUUUAGAUUCCUUAUACUUGCAUGCAUCCUUAUAUCCGUAUUCUUCCUGGUUUUCUUUGUUUUUUAUACCCGUGGUAAUUUAUUGAAAUUCCCACAAAAAUUAGACCAUAGCUUGAAAACAAUCAAUAGGAUGUAA